CCUUUACAUAUUACAUAUUUUUAACUCUUCAUAUUUCUACAUAUUAAAUGUUAAAAAUGCAUAUAUUUAUUGUGAUUUUGUUUGUUUUCGGUGUUCAGUUUUUUAUGAAUAGCGUAUGCUUUCUGUUGCCAUGGUUACAAAAUCACUGUUUGCUCUAGUUCACCUGAGUUCACCUGCGUUUGGGAAUGUAACUUUAGUUAAGCGUUUAUUUUCAAUUCAUGCAGUGACAAUGAGUGAAGGAGGCAAGAGAUGCUUUAAUAAGAAGAACAAGAGUGGAAACUGGUUUAUUCACACUUGUGUGUCACAGACCGGACAAACACGUGAUUUGUGUACCAGCACAGGUUUAAUGCUGGCACAUGGAGUUCCUCAACCACUGACACAAGCAGAGGAGAGAUAUCCCAAAAUAUUCGUCAAUCCUGAAAAGAAAACAAUGGGCAGAGAAUAUCCAUUGUCAGCGCACGAUAACCGCACAGCACUGCAGAAAACUAUUGCCGUGUAUGAUCAGGGUUUUGGCCGUAAGAAAUGUCUUGAUGAGCAUCGCCAGCAUAACUCUCAUUUCUACCUGUGCCAUUAUGAUGAUGACACCUCGAGUCCAGUCAGCACAGCAAGGUGGGACCGCUCAGCUUAUCGAACCGACUUCCUGCCCAAACAGGAAACGGAGGGCAGAGAAGACACACUCAGAAGACGCUUCCCUAGAGAUCACUCAGCGAGGUCUCAAACGAACGCUACGGCUCAGGCCGGGGAGUGUUUCAUGUGGUUUGGGAGGGCCGACUCUACCCAGCACACUCCACUAAGUGUACUAGCAGCCACCAACCUCUCAUUAACCCCCUAAAUAAGACAAUUAGAGAUGAUUAGACUGCAAUCACUAAGAAUGAUACUCUGGGAAUUUCCUAGCAAAUGUGUCAUUGUCUGCUUUAACCAGCAGAGGUCAGUGUUCUUUUUGUCUGUCUAUGCCAUUCACUGAGUCUGGCAUCACUCAAAAUCAGCUUUGCAGUGUCACAAAAAUGUUUAUUCUGUGAAGAGCAUAAGUGUUGAAUGCAGUAUGCUGUAUAAUUAAAGAAUAAAUAUUUUUA